AGAAUGUGCGGGGGCGCUUGCUGCUCUCGAACCGCGAGGUCUACCCAAGAGUCGACCUCGUAGCUCGCCCUGCCUCGAAGUAUGCUUCGACGCAGCGGACGGUACCAACCACGUCGGGCAUACCCAGCUGCAUCAGCGGCGCCUGCUACAAGGUCGCCACUCGACAGAUACGAGAUCGCUGAUCAGACGCGUCCUUGUCCUUUGACGGAGCUUCCUAACGAGCUUCUCAUUGAGAUCUUUGAGAGCGCUGUCGCGAAUGGCGGACGAUGCGGACCGCUGGUGCUCACGCACGUCUGCUGGUUUUGGCGCCACAUAGCACACUCCCUUCCCCGUCUAUGGACCGACCUCCGACUUGAGUUCUCUCAUGGAAGAUUCCCUGAUCACAUCCAGCUUGCGAUACAGUGGCUCGAGCGCGCUCAAAGCCACACACGAUCCCUCACCAUCGGCAGCCGAACGGGUAGCGCCAAAUCCGUCCCACGUUCGAUCUUGCGGGUCGUGCCACUCUUCGCCGACCAAUUGCGCAUCCUCGACUUCGCGCUUCCUUUUGAUGCCUUUCUUACCAUGAUACCCUUGGACGCCACCUUCUGCAACCUGGAAGAACUUCGAAUGAGACCGCUGAACUUUCCCCGUGGCAUCAUGUCCAGGAGGCGCAUCGACGGAUUCGCACGCGCACCGAAAUUGCGAUCCCUGCAGCUGGUACUUCCUUCUGUCGACUGGGACCAUGCCUUUCUAUCCAUCCUUCGUGUUCCGUACGCCCAACUUACCGACCUGUCCCUUACCCUCCAGGGCUCCUGCACACCGCGGUCGACCUUCCGGUACAUUUCUGCCUGCACUCAGCUUCUUCGCUGCACCCUUGAAAUUCCUCCUUUCGCAGUUGUCUUCGAAGGCAUCGCUCCAACCGAGUACAACAUCCCAGAACUGCAAUCGCUGAGGAUACGAUUCGUCGCCUCCGCCCGGUAUAGCAACUUGCGACACGACCGCGACGAGCCUCUCAUCGGGCAGACUGCCUUUCUGCUGAAUUCGCUCACUAUGCCCAAGCUGGAGAAGUUCGACCUGGAGCUCUCGUCAUCGGUACAUCGAGCAUGCACAUGGGAUCACGCGGCGAUGUUGGCCCUUGUCCGAAGGUCGAUGAUGCCGCUGAGAUCUCUGCGCCUCGCUCGCAUCGAGGUCGUCUCUGCGCAACUGGUCGAGCUGCUUCACGCGCUGCCGUCCAUAGAAUCGCUGCAUCUGCACCUCGAGAACACCAUCGAGUCGAACUUCUAUGAGGCACUUGGCUACCGCAACCGCGCGGUGAGCUUCUUACCUCUUCUGAAGGAGCUCGUGGUGAGCGAGGACGGCUACUCGCUGGACCGCGGGCUCGACUGGUUCAUCGAGGAGGCGAUCACCGUGCGCUGCCAGUGGGCGGAGCCGGUGGCGCUUGGGCAGACGCCGCUGCAGAAGCUGCACAUAACGGUGACGAGGGAGCUGCAGUCGUCGCUGAAGUUGCUGCUGUAUAGCAUGCUAUACAAGGCGCAUAAGACGUCGCAGGUUGCCGAUGUGUACGUCGCGGACGCGAAGGAGUGGCUCGGUGUAGACAGGAAGACCAACGCCGUGGUUCUUCAGCUGAAGAAAAAGGCUCACGAGUAAGUCGGGGUGCCGAGCUCGAGCAUCAUAGCUCGCUGGAUUGUACAGUUUCGUUCUCUCGUCUCGUCUGGCUGGAUCCCAUCUCAUGCAACUGCUGUUGUUUGACUAUGUGGGGUCGGAUAUUUCUGGAUCGUCGUCGUGUUGUAUCAGGCGGUUCACGAGGAGGAAGUCGAUCUUUCUGCUAUAUUC